UCCUCGGUGACCAGCGAAGGCUGUAGGAGCCAACGUGCCGCCGCACGCCACCAAGGGUGCUACCACUUGAAUUUAUUCUGACAAAAAAGAAAAAGGAAAAUGCAUCCUCCUUUAACAUUGCACAAGCACCCGAUGUGCGCCGAAAUUAUCGAGGAGUUUCAGAAGUGUCAUAUAGACCAUCCUAUUGGAAAGUUCUUUGGCAAAUGUACGGAUUUGAAGAUAAAGCUCGAUCAAUGUUUCAGGGAGGAGAAAGCUCUAAAGCGGAAAGCUAACUUUGAAGAGAGUAAGAAAUUGAAGGAAAGGCUACAAGCUUUUAGGAAGGAAACUGCUGAUAAAGGCCCUGAAGAGAAGAAUUUUGUGUGAAGUCUGAUGGCAAAGUGAAACACAAAGUCUUCCUGAUAAAAAUAAGCAUUAGACAUGAGGCCUUCUUACCCAAUCCCAAAAGAUUUUAAUGUUUUAGACAGUGUGGCUAUUGUAUUUUGGUUGACAUUUCUUUGCACAUGAUGUUUAUUUGUUCCGCUAGAUUCAAAGGCAAUAUAUUUAUUAUGUCAUUUGAUUCAUGAUAUAGAUUUUUUUAUUUAUUUUUUAUUGGCACCAGUUGUCCAAGAACAAAGUCUUGACUCAUCCUGAGGGUUUAUAUGCUCUCGGAAAAAUAUGGAUUGUUUCAAAAGAGUUGGGAGUUUGAGAACC